UUGGUGAAGUAGGUCUAGUAGGGGUUGUGGAACAAGGCCAGGCGGUGUACGUGGCCGACACAGCGGCCACGUGCUCCAUGUUCCGAUGUGCAGACAACUUUGUGAACUACUGUGAGCGUAGCGGUUGGGUGAAGGGGAUCGGAGGCGACAAGGCCCCCGUUCCUCUACUAGGAUACGGAGAUGUGACCUUAGUCCUACAGACGGAAGAUGGUGGAGUACCCGUACCAGUACUGAAUGCUGCCCAAGUACGAGAGGCCCCCUACAACCUCCUCUCGCUGUCUUCGUUGGCGGAGGAGGGCCACACGUAUUCGGGGAUGAAGGGGGGCCUCACGCUGACCACGAAAGCGGGGGGGGAGGUGUGGUUCCCCCGGACUGGAAAGCUACUGACCCAACGAGGCUAUCAAAUAAAGCCAACGCUACACACCGCCUGUGCCGCACUCAUUGUUCCUGGCGAUGCGAAAGAAGCCACCCCCACUUAUCUCAACGAGUACCACCUCGCGAACGGCCAUGCCCACGAGACAAUGCUCAGGAUCACGGCGGAGCAGCAGGGAGUGCAGCUGACGGAUGGACCGCUGCUACCCUGUCUUGGCUGUUCGAUGUCCAAGGGACAGGUGAAACCUGUUCAGAAGAGCACGAGCACACGCGCAGUUAUAAGGAUAUUUCACGUGUAUCUCGACUUGGGAAGAAAUAUGAAAACCAGGAGCAUUGGUGGCAGCUGGUACACACUGAUCAUCAGAGACGAUUUCUCCCGUUGGACGCGUGAUUUCUUCUUGAAGCACAAGUCUGACGCAGCGGUUGGGUUUGAGAAGUUCCUGGCGGACUACCGAACGAAAGGGGCUCCGUGUGAGGUUCAUAUCGCACGUACCGACGGUGGCGGCGAGUUCCAGGGGCAGUUUGCGGAAGUUUGCCGCAGACACGGCAUCAAACAAGAGUUCACCCCUCCUCACACCCAAAAAUACAACGGUGUAGCGGAGAGAGCGCUAGGGUUGAUCACUGAUGCAGCGCUUGCGUCACGCAUCCAAGCGACGCAACUGUUCCCCGACGCACCGAACCACCCCGGGUUGUGGGCCGAGGCCAUUUCGUGUGCAUGCCAUCAGCUGAACUGCACCGCCACAAAAUCAAACGAGGGAGACAACUCCGCCUACGAGAUGUUCCACGACUCCUCACCGCCUGUCGGGUUUACAUACCCGUUUCUCAAACCAGCCGUGUUCAAGUCGAGAAGAAAAGCAAAGUCGCAACCCAAGGGCGAAAAAGGAUGGUACCUUGAUCCUGCCCACAAUCACCCCCGUGACUGCGUUCGCAUGCUAACCGAAGCUGGAACCCACGCGGAAGCAGACCCGGGAGAUGCAAGCUGCCGGGGAGAUGCCGGGGCCCGGAGAACACCGGACCCUGAAGAGGCACUGCUGACGACCAUCCAGGAAACUGGUGGGACGAGGAUUGUUAAGGACUACAUCUGCAGCUCGCUUGUGAAGGAGCAGUGGGACGAGGAGCAGACACGCCGAGUGGAGGAGAUGUACA